AUGCACCACAGAAGCGCAGCCGAAAACCCGAAAACCUGCAAAAGCGAACCCUCUAGCUUCCGACAUCGGUUCCAGCAAAUUUUCUGCGUCUCCUUCAAUAUCCCAGCUUGCGCCAAGCGACGCCAAUCCUCUGACCACCGCAAAUUCUUACAUACCACCAACUUCUUUCACAUUCACCCCAACAUCGACGCCGAUACAUUUUUGACAUUGAGAAAGGAGGAAGUUGGGGGUACUUCGGGUAUAUUCUUUAACGCCGAAUGUAUUAUAUAUUUUAGCCUCCCGGUGAAUUUUCUGGGUUUGGUGUUCAAUGAUACAGACGUGUGGUAUAUGAGAAAACGUGUCAAUUUCACGCCAUUAAUUCAGUGGAAACGCGCUAUGGCCGCACGUGAGGGCAUCAGCGGCGUUUUCCGAGGGAGCGUCCAGGCUUGUAGCACUGAGGCUCGUGGCCAGCAACAGGAACUCAACCAUGCAUGCCAUCUCGCUUUUUCUCGCCGUUGUUUGCGUUCUCACUUAACUGUCGCUCCUUCGUUCUUUCUUGCCCCGACGUGCAAGAUCAUGUUCUCGGUCACACUCUUUCUCCUUCCCUUUUUCUGUGCCGCCGUCCAGGCUACCAAUGACUGGUCGAAACCUUGUGUAGGAGGAGAAUGUUUUUAUGAUCUCCCAGCUUCCAAGGGGGUCUCAGGGACCAUGCGCAUCUGGGGCUCCUCAGACGCAAUUUCUGAUAUCACCGCCGCCGCUGGCUGGUUCAUCCUUGGAUGUGACAAUGACGCUCUAGCGCAGGACAUCAGGCUCGUCUGCGAUAGCGAACACACCAACAGUGCACAUUGCGCUCACCUCUACCGCUCCGUCGGCGCCGUUGGGAAAAUUGUCCGUUUGCCUGAGAAUUGCGGUAGAAACCCAUUCGCCCGUGUUUCGAAAGCAUGGGUCCACCAAGACCAGUCUUUGCCUUCCGAUAUUGCAAAGCGAUUCACAAGACGCGACGGGAGUACGCCCGAGGUUCAAGGUCUUUCUCUUGAUACCAACUUUGACGCCAUCGAUCCCUCCCAGACUGGCGAGGUGAACAUUGCAAUCCAAGGAGCUAACGUUCCCAAUAAGAAUGGAAAUCUCACAAUUACCCCACCUACUCCAGCUCGCAGGAGCAGUCGGAUCCAUCGACGGGGCUUGCUCUCGUUCAUAGAAAACGCUUUCAACAGUUUCAACUCCUUCGACAAAACAGUCAUUAAAAACCUCCUGCCCAUCGACAUCAGCAAAGACUUUCCCAUCCUUGACCAAAGUCUCUCCUGCUCCGGCUUUUCCGCGUCUGUCAAAGCUGAUGCUGUAGCCAAAGCCCAUGCUGUUAUCUCGAUCGGGGUAGCGACCGCCGGGACUAUAGUCCCUCCCAACCUCUCAGAAUUCGGCUUGUUCGUUGGGAUGGAAGCGACCCUUGACGGGACUUUGAGCCUCGCUGGCUCCGCCUCUGUAGUUUGGUCUUGCCUCCUGGGAACCGCAGACUCUGGGUUAAUAGACCUAUUCUCAGUCGGCAUUCCCGGACUCGACUUCCCGGGAGUGCUAACCAUCGGCCCAACGUUCAAAAUCCAAGGCCGAGCGACAGCAUCGCUCAACCUCGCAUUAAACACCACAGUUGACCUGUCAUACACCAUCCAAAAUGCAAAACUCUUCUUCCCUUCCUCCGCGAACCACCAAUCAGGAUUGACCUUCAACCCAGGGGAGAGUCCUUUAAAGCUCUCCGUGGACCCUAAAGCAUCCGCUACGGGUACUAUAACCGCCCACCUCAUCCCCCGAGUCGAUCUAGGUAUCUCAGGAAUGAACGGGCUCGCAAAAGCCACUGUAUUCCUGAACCUAGACGCAAGCGCCACCACCACACUCAGCGUAACGGGCGGAGCAUCAACUGAGGUCUCCACCAGUAGUUCGGAUAACAACGGAAUAACGACCUCCGUGAACGGAUGUGCAGACGUAGGCGCUGGAUUCGACGUUAACGCAGGGGCUGAUGGGUCAUUCUUUGGGGUGUUUGAUCAAUCGGCGUCGGUGGCAUUGUUUAAAAUGUUUGGGAACGGGAGUGCAGACUCGCAAGCGUCAUCACGCCCGUGGUUUUAG